AAUGUGGUUAAUAAUUUCCUCGGUGGCUAGUAGUAGUUCUUGCGAACUCGUGAGCACGACUAACCAACGCGAUCAACCCCCAACGAAGCCUCCAUUCGACUCGAAAGUCGAAACGGGACACCCAACACGAUUACACGAUCAAACACCUUCCUUCCUUUCUUCACUAAACAAAUCCCAAUCUGUACGUACGCUCAGUCCAGCUCGCGGCACUUAAAUAGGAUAGGGCCCAGGUAGCACCGUAGCAGCGGAGAAUCUUGGACGCGAAUUGUUUUGCAGUCCAGACAUCCCUCCAUAGCCCCGCGCGCCCGUCGUCUGGACAAGCAGAAAGGGAGGCGCGCGGUUCUUGCGGCUCGGUUCCUGGCUCUUGCCGUUGGGUUGGGAGGUGUCUAGUGUUGAUCGUCGACUCUUCUUCAGUGCAUUCCUGAACAGGGACGCAGAAGCACGGCACCAAAUUGAAUGGUGUAGAGAGCUCCAGCCUCCAGGGAUGGAUCGCCGGAGCUGGCCAUGGCGCCGGAAGUCGAUCUCGGAGAAGACCCUCGCCCCAGCCGAGACCGACAGCUCUGCCUCCUGCCCAUCCGAGAGUUUUACUGAUGAACAGGAUACCCUGAAGAGUUCCCCAAAAUCCACUGCGUCACCGGAGAUCGCAUCGAAGGAGGUGCAGGACAAAAGCAAUGCGAAAGUUAGGGUGCUGAGUGAGAGGUUGUCGUCGGCGGUGUUGGACAUACGAGCGAAAGAUGACCUCGUGAAGCAGCAUUCUAAAGUUGCAGAGGAAGCUGUUCUAGGAUGGGAGAAGGCCGAAACAGAGAUGGCAUCACUGAAAAGCCAGCUGAAUGCCGCAGCUGCCAAGAACUCCACGCUGGAGGACAGGAUCGUCCACCUGGACGGCGCGCUCAAGGAAUGCGUCCGGCAACUCCGGCGCUCCAACGAGGAGCAUGACAGGAAGGUCCAGGCUGCACUGGCACUGCAAGCUCGGCAAUGGGACUCCAAGAAGACCGAUCUCGAGCUGCGGAUCGUCGAGCUGAAGGCGAAGCUGGAAGCCAAGUCCGAGCGCUCGGUGACCACUGACAGUGACGCCAGCUCGCGGCUGGCCUCUCUGGAGAAAGAGAACUCGGCUCUCAAGGUGCAGCUGCUCGCCAAGACGGAGGAGCUGGGUCUCAGGACCAUCGAGAAGGAGCUGAACCGGAGGGCGGCAGAGACGGCGAGCAAGCAGCAGCUCGAGAGCAUCAGGGAGACGGCCAAGCUCGAAGCCGAGUGCAGAAGGCUGCAGGCCACUGCACGGCGGCCAUCCUUCAGCAGCAGUGACCUCUGGCGAGCUCCGAGCUCCGUCUGCGCCGAGUUGGUGACGGACUGUCAGUCAGACUGUUCCGACUCGUGGGCAUCGGCUCUGAUGGGCAACCUCGACCGUUGCAAGAGCGAGAAGAACAGCACUACGAGGAGCGCAAGCGCCGACAUUGGCAUGAUGGACGACUUCCUUGAGAUGGAGAAGCUCGCGUCGGCGAACAGCAGCGCCUCGACAGCCGAGUCCACCGGUGGUCAGCUGGAGAAGCUCGAGGAGAAAGCGAAGAAACUGGCGGCGGAGAAGGCCGACAGGGAGAAGGCAUUGCACGAAGCCCAGCGCGAGCUGCGGGCUUGCCGCCACCGAGCAAUGGUGGCAGAGGAGAGAUCGGUCGAGCUGCAGAGGCAGCUGAACCUCGUCAAUGGCGAGAAGCACACCAUGGAGGCCAAAGUGGAAGCCGCCGAGACGAAGCAGAAGGAGCUGAAGGCGAGACUCGAGCUGGCCCAUGACGAGAUCGCGGGCCUGCUAGACAAGGCCCGCGUCCUGGAGGAGCGGCUCGAGUCCGAGAAGGCGCUGACGCUGGAGCUCGCGGCCAAGUAUCAGCAGAUGGACGCACUGGAGUCGGAGAAGAAAGAGCUGCAAGUUCAGCUGGAGGAAGCACGGUCUGACGGCAGAAAGCUCAGUGAUAAAGCCACCUCGUUAGAGAGGAGGCUGGAGGAGGAGAAGGCCUUCUUGGUGCGGAUCACGGAGAGAUGCCGCGGCGUCGAGGCUCUUGAGGAAAAGAUAAAGGGUGCAGAGAUUGAGCUGGAGCUGGCAGGACAGGAAAUUGUUUCGUUCCAGAAGAAGGCGAGUGGCCUGGAGAUGAAACUUCAGCAAGAGAAGGCGUCUUCUGCUGAACUCGCAAAGCGUUGCUGCGAUCUAGAGGCACUGGAUGCGGAGAGAAAUGAGCUCAAAUCUCAACUCCAGUUUGCAAAUUCAGAAAUCCUUGCCCUGACAGAGAAGGUUAAAUUGCUCGAAGAAACUGCUGAGAAACAAAUGCUGUUGAAAGCAGAGCUGGAAUCUCAGCUCAAGUCGGUGCAAGCUGAACUCAAUAACCUGAAUGAGAAUGUCAGCCUAGUAGAGAAGAAGCUGGAAACCCAGAAGAACCUGUCAUCAGCUUACAUAACUGCACUGGAUGCUUCUGAAGCUCAGAAGAACAAAAUGGCGAACCAGCUUGAGAUCAAAGAGAAAGAAGCUGAAGAAUCCCACAGAAAGAUCGGUUUGCUCGAGGAAGAAAUUCGCAAAGAAAGAGCACAAUCAUCGGAAUCAGCGGCGAAAUGUCGGAAUUUGAAAGAAGAGUUCCCCAGCAGAGCUCCUGGCCAUCAAGCAGUGGAAGUGAAACCUAAAGACCUCCACUUCACAAAGGAGAAAGAGCUAGCUCGCGCUGCAGGUAAACUGGCGGACUGCCAGAAGACAAUAGCUUCGUUGAGCAGGCAAUUGAAAACUUUAACCGACUUUGAUAAACUCAUCCUCGGAAUCGAGAACGAUGGCAGCGCCUUAGCUGAAAGCUUGGAUGGCAAUUUGAAGCUGUUUGAUUCAGGGAGUUAUCCAGCACAAAUGGGCUGUUUGGCAGUCACCUGAUUGUUGUAGAUUUGGCUGUCACAUUACUCCACUUGUUAUCAUGAGAAGACGAUUGCUAGAAUUUUCCUCUGUUCCGAUAUAGAGAUAAGUUAAAAGUUAUAUGGAGAGAUGAAGUUAUAACCGAAGGGAACUCCUAUGUAAAAAAUAAUUUUAGUCCUCUUGUCCCAUGGAUUUAUUUAAACGGAUCGCCUCUUAUCUUUCAUGUUCGCC